GGAAGGGGAGGGGUUUCCAACGUAGACCCACUGAACAUCCUGCAAACAUCAGAUUCGGAAACAAACUCCACUUUACCCUUGUGCGUAUUGUUUUCUGCAGUUCGGCAAUUACACUUUGUCCGUUUCUGCAGCAGGCUAUUAUUCCCUUAAACCUUGUCCUGGUGCUUGACCGUUACAGCGAUGUUAACUGAACUUUACAGUAGCCAGGUCAACUUUUGAGCUGCGUAUCUAAGCGCCCCAACGGUUCUUUUGGACUUUCUGUUAUGUUCGAACUCUUGGAUACAUCCGGGAUGGAGUUCGCGUAGGCUCUGCGUGGCGGGCCGAGAGGAGGUUUAAUGUCAGCAAUAUGGAUUUCAAGAAGACUACGUAUGGAAGGUUCAUGAAUGGCCGGGUACCCUCCAGUAAAAGAUACCAGCCGACAGAGUAUGAACAUGCUGCUAACUGCGCCACACAUGGGUUUUGGAUCCUCCCUAGCCUGAUGGGCGGGUCAGUCCUCUACUUCCUGUCUGUGGACCAAUGGCAUUGCGCCGCUGCUUGGCUGUACGGGGCGGGGCUUACUGGCCUGUUUGUCACCUCAACACUGUUUCACACUGUCGCCUGGAAGAUCAGCCAUCUCCGGAGGGUGGAACAGCGCUUUCACAUGUGUGACAGAAUGGCGAUCUACUUCUUCGUUGCUGCCUCGUAUUCUCCAUGGUUGAUGCUGAGAGAGUUGGGCCCCUGGGCCGUGCACAUGCGCUGGCUGGUCUGGCUCAUGGCGGGCGUCGGCUCCACAUAUGUGUUCUUCUUCCAUGAGAGGUAUAAACUGAUAGAGUUGCUAGGAUACAUUGCCAUGGGGGCUGUCCCUGCACUGGUCAUUCUGUCAAUGGUGGACCGCACAGGUCUCUGCGAGCUGGCUGUGGGCGGAGUGUUCUAUGUGGUGGGCGUGGUCUUCUUUAAGAGUGAUGGCCUAAUCCCAUUCGCCCAUGCCAUUUGGCACUUGUUUGUUGCUAUGGGAGCAGCUGCCCACUACUAUGCUAUCUGGAGGUACCUAUACUCACCUGGCCCCGCUGUGCAGACGUCCAGGUGACUGUCCCCCCGGACCACAGCCAAACUCAACCUAGACCACAGCCACACUCAACCUAGACCACAGACAGUACAUGAAAUAGAGUUAAAUAUACUAAAUAGACCACAUUAUGAAUACUAUACAAAGACUACAGUUAAAUGGACUGUGGUCGGACUGCUAACAACUGCUAACAACUGCUGCUACACACGGCACAUUGCUGUGUUCAUUUAACACCAGGACGACCAGUGUCUGGAGGUCCAGCCCGCGAGAGGCUCUAUACUCGACGGGGAACAUGAACACUCCUGGUCUUAUAUAAACCCCUUGCAAUGUGUUGUGGAGUGAUCAUCUUACGAUGCUAAGAGCUACACGAUAAUGACAACUAAAUUGUAGUUGUGACAGAAAAUACAGUAAUGGAGCACAGAGUAAGUGUGAUAUGCACAUCAUCUCUUACUGAGCACCCCCCAGACAGAGCACCCCCCCCAGACAGAGCACCCCCCCCCAGACAGAG